ACUGUAGACCCAGUUUGUCUUUUCUCUCUUUCGGAAGCCAUGAUGGAAGUUUGAGAGUUUUGUUGGAGCGAACGGAAAAAGGAAGGGAAAUCAUAGACAGAAAUUUUUCAACAAAGAGACUUUUAAAGGCCGUUUUUAAAUUGUUUUUCUUUUAAUUUUAUGGUGGAGGCUGUCAGCUUUUUUCUUCUGCUGUACUCAACGAUCUGUUUUUUAAGCAGAAAGACCGCGAGCGCCCAUUUUUUCCCUUUUUAAUUUUAAUGUAUAUUUGUGUGUGUGUGACACAGUUUUCUGACUCUGGAAGCGCAGGAGAGAUCUUCUCUCCGCUUUUUUGGUCUCAAUCACGGCGGCGGCGGCAGAUCAAGAGACUUGGGCCGUUUUUAAUGUAUUACGGUUCGGGGAUUGGACGAAUAUAAGCCUUUUUGCUUGGAGGAUUGUCCUAGAAAUUGCAGGUUUGUGGAAGCGGGCCUCCGGCGGUGUGGAGUAAGGCCCUCUUGUGAGAUCCCGCAGCAGCCAUUCUAAUCCUACCAAGUACUGACUGAAAUUGAGCAGGAUUCACCAAAACGGCGAGUAUAAAGGAGGCAAAAGGACAUAGCCUUUGAGACUAAGGAACCGACAAUAUUAUCGCUUUACAAAAGGAAAAAUAGAGCAACUUCUUAUGAUGGCCAUGGCUGCCUACAUCAAAGAAAUUGUCAGCAAAAACAAAAGGAGAUACCAGGAAGAUGGAUUCGACUUGGAUUUAACCUAUAUUUAUCCUAACAUUAUUGCCAUGGGGUUCCCUGCUGAAAGACUUGAAGGCGUCUACAGAAAUAACAUAGAUGAUGUAGUACGGUUUUUGGAUUCAAAGCAUAAAAACCAUUACAAGAUUUAUAAUCUGUGUGCAGAAAGACAUUAUGAUGCUGCCAAAUUUAACUGCAGAGUUGCACAGUACCCUUUUGAAGACCACAAUCCUCCACAGCUUGAACUUAUUAAACCUUUUUGUGAAGACCUUGACCAAUGGCUGAGUGAAGAUGACAAUCAUGUUGCAGCAAUUCAUUGUAAAGCUGGGAAAGGUCGGACAGGGGUGAUGAUAUGUGCUUAUUUGCUACAUCGGCGCAAGUUUUUGAAAGCACAAGAAGCACUUGACUUUUAUGGUGCAGUGAGGACCAGGGAUAAGAAGGGUGUAACAAUUCCCAGUCAGAGGCGUUAUGUGUUCUACUACAGCUACCUGUUGAAAAAUCAAAUGGAUUAUAAGCCAGUUGCAUUGCUUUUUCACAAGAUGGUGUUUGAAACUAUACCUAUGUUCAGUGGAGGGACAUGCAAUCCACAGUUCACAGUUUACCAGCUAAAAGUGAAGAUCCACACCUCAAAUCCUGCACAUACAAGACGUGAAGAUAAGUACAUGUUGUUUGAGUUUCCACAGCCAUUACCGGUAUGUGGUGACAUCAAAGUGGAAUUUUUCCAUAAACAGAACAAGAUGAUGAAAAAGGAAAAAAUGUUCCACUUUUGGGUUAACACCUUCUUCAUACCUGAACCUGAAGACAAUUCAGAGAAAGUAGAAAAUGGAACUUUACUUGGAGCAAAAGAACUUGAUGGAAUUCAAAGUACAGAACGUGGAGAUGACAAAGAUUAUCUUAUCCUUUCACUGACAAAAAAUGACUUGGACAAAGCAAAUAAAGACAAAGCCAACCGAUACUUCUCUCCAAAUUUUAAGGUCAAACUAUACUUUACGAAAACCGUGGAGGAGCCAUCUGGUUCAGAAGCCAGCACAUCAACUUCAGUAACACCGGACGUUAGUGACAAUGAACCUGAUCACUAUAGAUAUUCGGACACCACUGACUCUGAUCCAGAGAAUGAACCUUUUGAUGAAGAUCAACAUACGCAGAUUACUAAAGUCUAAAAUAUUUUUAUGGAUUAAAAAAAAAAAAAACCACGAGAAAAAUGGAAUAAAAACUUGAAUAUAAACUGAAAGCAAGUACCUUUUUUAAUGGCAAUAGGACAUUGUGUCAAGUAAAAUGCUACCAAUUAUAGGAACAAUUAUU